UAAAGAGAAUAUUUUGGUGCAGAACUAGAGAAUAUGCUGGUUUUGUUAGUAUAUAUGAAAUCUGUUAAUCUCAUUUUCCUUCUCUUACAGCGAAGAAGAUCAUUAAUUAAGCAAAGAAAGGAAAGAAACAAUGAAGUACGGAAAGAGACUUCGCAACGAGAUAGAAGGAACUUUUCCAGAAUGGAAAGGUCAGUUCAUAUCUUACAAGAAAUUGAAGAAGCAAUUGAAGUUGAUUUUUCCUGGAUCUGGAAGAUUUGGUUCUACUUCCAGAUGGCCAAGAUUUGCUACGAGAAGAUUUCUGGAAGUCAAUAAUAUGGGAAUUAGAAUUGGUUUUACAAGAUUAUUAGAUAAUGAACUCAAUAAGAUUAAUAGGUUUUAUUUUGAUAAAGAGGAGGAUUAUAUUAUUAGAUUAAAGGAGCUGCAAAUCAGGGCAGCAAAUUUGCAGAGUGAUGAAGAGAAACUACAAGUUCAGAAGGAUAUUUUGGAUUUUCAUGGAGAAAUGGUUUUGUUGCUGAAUUACAGUGUCCUUAAUUUCACAGAAACAGGAGUGGUGAAGAUAGUGAAGAAGCACAACAAGCGGACAGGCACAAAUUUUCAGUUUUCGUCAUUGCCAUUCUUCUCCACUGAUCUGCUUUACAAGCUUAUGAAGGAAUGUGAAACAAUGCUUCGUCGCCUCUUUUUUCCUGAUGACACUUGAAAACCCCAUCUCCAAGCUACCAAUAUAUAUAUAUCUCUGAGAAUAAAAUAAUGUGUUUAGGGUUCGAUCUCCUGUUGAUGAACUUUUCUUUUUACUACCUGAAUUAAAUGUGGCUGCAAUCCAUGUUUUUAUAUUACACAUUUAUACUUA